CUGAGGGAGGUGGGCGGGUCGUGCCCUUGCAAGAUGGCGGCGGCGGCGCUGUGCCCGUGCCGGGCCGUGCUCGCCCUGCGCGGCGGGGCUCUGCGGGCGCUCAGCGGUUCCGUGCGGGGCCUGGCCGCGGGGACACAGACACACUUUGGCUUCCAGACCGUGACGGAGGAGGAGAGGAGGGAGAAAAUUAACCAGGUCUUUGAAAGUGUGGCCAAGAAAUACGACGUAAUGAAUGAUUCAAUGACUUUAGGGAUUCAUCGAGUGUGGAAGGACAUCUUCGUGCAUAAAAUGAACCCUUCCCCAGGAACACUUCUUCUUGAUGUUGCUGGAGGAACAGGUGACAUUGCCUUUCGCUUCAUUAAUUACGUUCGCUCUGCACGGGAACGGCAGCUCCAGCGGAAGCUGAGGCACCAUCAGAACUUAUCGUGGCAGGAAAUUUCUGAGAGUUACCAGGAAGAGCAGUUUAAACCACUGGGGGAUUCCCAAGUGGUGGUCUGUGACAUUAACAAAGAGAUGUUAAAAGUUGGGAAGCAGAAAGCACAGUAUCUUGGCUACUCUGAAGGCUUAUCCUGGGUACUUGGGAAUGCUGAAGAGUUGCCCUUUGAUGAUGAUAAGUUUGAUGUUUACACAAUUGCCUUUGGAAUCCGAAAUGUAACUCGUAUUGAUUUGGCACUUCAGGAGGCCUAUCGUGUGCUGAAACCAGGAGGAAGGUUCCUCUGCCUUGAAUUUAGUCAUGUCAGCAAUCCUAUCAUUUCCAGGCUCUAUGAUCUAUACAGUUUCCAGGUUAUCCCUGUUCUGGGUGAGGUAAUAGCUGGUGACUGGAAGUCCUACCAGUAUCUUGUGGAGAGCAUCCGACGUUUCCCCCCUCAGGAGGAAUUGAAGGCGAUGAUAGAAGAUGCAGGCUUUUUUAAAGUGGAUUAUCAAAAUUUGAACUUGGGCAUUGUUGCCAUUCACUCGGGUUUCAAACUGUGAGGCUACUGUGUAGCAAACCAGGAAGUGUCAUUUUCCUUACGAAUCUGAAAGGUGUGGAACUUUGUCAAGAUUGAAGAGGAGUUUUAAGAACUUGGGCAGCAGAUAACGUGUUCAGCUGUCAGACCCUGAGGAGCAGCAGCACCUUUCUUCCCCCAAGAGAUCUGCAAGUUGAUGGAGUGACUCCUGGGGAGUUUCUUACACUUGCAUUUGCCUUCAAGCGCAACGUAAUGGACAAGGCCAAAACUGAGCAAUGCUGACAAACAAAGCCACUUCAGUUACCAGUGGUGUGGAUACAGAAAUAGACUUACCAGUAUUCAAAUAAGAUGCCUCCUUUUUCUUUUUUACUACGGUUCAAGGAGGAUAUUGCACUAGUGAAAAAUAACUUGAAUUCAGUAGAUUUUUUAUUAAGUGGUUAUUGUCUUUGUCAUGCAGGCUUUAAAGGAUUUUCCCCGUGAUACCUUUACCCUUUUCAAGGGCAUAGGGAAGACUUGUGAAAUAAAACCAACUCUGCAUCAA